UGGUACAGGCUGGAUGAGUCAGACCAUUUAUAGAGCUCACUUUUGACUGCCUGAACGUGUCAAGAUUAGCUGAAGAUUAGUGGCCAAGGUUAAAGCUCGUAGUGCUGGGCUCUUGCUCAUUCUCUCAAUGACGGUCGGUGACAUGGAUAAAGUAGAAAUCUUCGAUGCAGAUGGCAAGGGCAGGGGGCUGAAGGCCAAGCAAGAUCUUCUGAGUGGGGAUGUGGUCUUUGCUGAGCCAGCGUAUGCUGCGGUUGUGUUUGACAACCUCAUAUAUGAAGUGUGCCACAGCUGUUUCAAGAAACAAGCUAAACUCCAGCGUUGUGGACAGUGCAAGUUUGCCCACUACUGUGACCGGACCUGUCAGAAAGCAGCAUGGGCCGAGCACAAGAAUGAAUGUGUUGCCGUCAGGAACUAUGGCCAGCCCACCAAUGAGACUGUCAGACUGGCUUCCCGUAUUUUGUGGCGAAUGGUAAGAGAGGGAGACAAUGUUUCUGAGGACCGCCUCUCAUCGCUUGCGGAUCUCCAGGACCAUGUGGAUGACCUGAGUGAGGAAGAGAAGAGACAGCUCAUGUCAGACGUUGAAGUUUUGCACAAGUAUUGGCACUCAAACAAUCAGCACUUUGACAGUCAAUCCAUAGCCCAUAUAUUUGGAGUGAUAAACUGCAAUGGCUUUACCAUCAGUGACCAACGUGGAUUGCAAGCGGUGGGAGUUGGAUUAUUUCCAAACCUCUGUCUUGUAAAUCAUGAUUGCUGGCCAAACAGCACAGUUAUACUGAACAAUGGCAAUCGCUCUGCAGUUAAUUCAAUGUUUCACACGCAGAUGAGAAUUGAACUUCGGGCAAUCCAGAAAAUCAAGGCAGGAGAGGAACUGACGGUGUCGUAUGUGGAUUUCCUGAAACCAAGUGCAGAGAGGCGCAGCCAACUCAAAAAACACUAUUACUUUGACUGCACCUGUGAACACUGCACAAAGGGAAUUAAAGAUGACCUGAUGCAGGCUGCGAAAGAGGAAGACGGCAAAAAGCCUUCGGAUGAAACAGUGAAGGAAGUUAUCGAGUUUUCAAAGAUGACCUUGGAGAAAAUUGAUAAAGAACGAUCUGAGGGGCUGUGGAGUAAUGUUGUGAAGCUGUGUCGCAGUUGCCUGGAGAAACAGGAGCCGGUUCUGGCUGGUACAAAUCUUUACCAGCUGAAGAUUCUUAGCCUUGCCUCCGAGGUGCUCUCCUAUCUGCAGCACUUUGAAGAGGCAGCUGGAUAUGCCAGAAGAAUGGUGGAGGGAUAUCAGAAACUUUACCAUCACAACAAUGCUCAGCUGGGAAUGUCUCUCAUGAGGGCUGGUGUGACACACUGGCAUGCUGGGCUCAUCGAACCGGGCCAUGCUAUGAUUUGCCAAGCGAAUGGGAUUCUCCUGGUGACACAUGGUCCCACCCAUCCAAUCACCAAGGAUCUUGAGACUAUGCGGUGCCAGACAGAAAUGGAGCUGCGAAUGUUCAAGGAGAAUGAAUUCCUUUAUCACCAGAUGAGAGAGGCAGCGUUGAAGAAUCAGAAAAUGCGAAUGAUGGCCGAACCAGCUGGCGAGUAUGUCAAGGAGCUUUUCCACAGGAGAAAAUAAGACGUCGCAGGAGUUCUGAGUUCACUAGCGUUACAUUACGAGUGGUUGGAAAGGGGAUGGAGGUGGACACAAAUUCAACCAUAGUCAGAAUUUGGCAGUUAUGAAAAACUGGCAGCAGCUUUCUUUCCUCUCUCAGUGGUAUCUCGUGCAUUUCCACAUAACUUGUGCGUUCAUAAAGUAGUUGCAAACUGUUUUGUCAAACAUGCCUUUCACCAAAGUUUCCUAUAUGUUGUUGUUCAGGCUAAUCAAGGUGGGGUAGGGUGGGAGCGCUGAGCAGGGAGAACUGGACAAAAGGGGGAAUAAUACUUAUCUGAGUGGAAUCCUAAUUAAUCCUCUACUAACUGAAACACUCCAUCAGCUGGAGUGAAAAGUUAGACAGUGGGGUAACCACAGAGUGAUAAACAGGGUUAGGUUAAAAUUACCUCCCCCCGUUUAAGAUCACAUUCUUUUCUCCUGUCAUGGUGCUCAAUGAUCUACACGUGCAGCUCUCCUUGCUUCUCUAUUUAGUAUAUUGCACAAAUCCAGUCCUCUGCCAAUGAAAUACAAUUCCAUCUAAGAUUUACCUAUUUCCCCAGAGGGGAAAAAAAGUCCUGGUUUGAGUCUCUCAGUUCAAAUCAUGACUUGUGAGCAUUGCCGUCUGGGCUGGCAUUUAUUGGCCAUUGCUAAUAAUGCUGCAAGAUGGUGGUGUGCUGUCUUCUUGAGCAACUGUGGUCCAUGCAGUGUAGGCAGAAGCAGAGUGCUAUUAGAGAGGGAACUCAGUCAGAGUGGAUGAUGUUAGAAGUUGCAAGAACACUAUUACUGCCAAUGACUCAACAGGAAUCAAGUGAUAACAAUGAUAAAAACAACAGGCUUCUCAUAAAAUGUUCAAAACCUUUCAGGCAGGAAAUUAAUUGAUUUUAUCGAUUUAUUGUCACAUGCAUGGAAGUACAGUGAAAGGUUUUGUUUACAAGUGGUAUAGGCAGAUAAUGGUAAGCAAAGGAUGUACAGAUCAAAAAGACUUAGAGGGAUACAGGUUACAUCGCACAAGGUGCAGAGUAGGCAAGAUCAAAGUUAGUGAGGUCAGCAUUGGAGGCUAGACAGCCUAUUCAUCUGCUAAAAACAGCUGAGAAGAAGCUGUUCCUGAACCCGCUGGUGCGUGCGUUCAGGCUUCUGUAUCUUUUACCCGAGGGAAGAAGUUGGAGGAGAUCAUUACUGGGGUGCAAUAGAUCUUUGCUCAUGUUGGCCGCUGCUCUGCAGCUGUGUAAAUGGAGCCCAUGGAUGUAAGGUUGGCUUCCAUAAUGGUCCUCUGUAGUUUAUGGUCCUGGGCAGAGCAGCUGCCAUACCAGGCCGUCAUGCACCCGGACAGUGUGCUUUCAAUGGUACAUCUGUAGCAGUUGGUGGGGAUCCUUAUGGGCAUGCCAAACUCCAAGCUGCCUGAGGCAAAGGCAUGAUUGUACCUUUUUGACUGUCACAUUCAAGUGGAAAGUCUGGGAUAAUUUCAGUUAUUGCCACUCCAAGCAAGUUGACUGCCUUUACCCUCUCACCCUCAGUUCGGAGGAUGUAAAUAGAAGGUGUGUUCUGUUCCUUUCUUUCUGAAAGGAAUGACUUGGUAUUCUUAUGCAGUCCGGCCUAUUGUACAACUUCAAAUUCCAGCAGAAUUAGUUCUUAUUUAUUCAAUGACUGAACAAGAUGCUCAGUUGCGUUCAAGAAAGUACCACACCACCACUUCUCAUUGGGUAGUGGCAAGACUUAACCUUGCCAGUGAUGCUCAGCUUCCUGAAUAAGUGAAAUAGUCUUGAUGCAAGAACACAAAGAACAAGAAUGGAAAGGUAUUUCAAAUAUAUGUGUACCCUUCAUCAUGAUAGGCUGUAUUAUGAAAUCUAAUUAAGAAAGAAAAAUAGUGCCACAAAAAUAGUCUAAGUAACGGAUGUACCACAGUAAUUCAUUUUUACAAGUCUUUUGUUUGCUUCUAGUCUCCCACACUACAUUAUCUUCAGUAGCUUGAUAUUUAUGAAUACCAGUUUUAUGUUUUAAAUCAAGUCAAGUGUUGUGUACCUCAAAACAACGCCACCUGAAAAGACAAAUAAAAAUAAC